AUGUUGAAAGCAAUCAAUGAGAUGUUAACUAACACUACAAAGCAAAUUACACUUUACCUUGGUUUAUCCAUUUUAAUUGUCGGUGUUGUUGGUGGAUGUUUGAACAUAAUAGUCUUUCUUAGUUUGAAAACCUUUCGACAAAAUUCAUGUGCGUUAUUCUUAAUUUUUAUGUCUUUUGUCAAUAUUGGACAACUAUUAACAAGUCUUCUUUCGCGUAUCCUUAUUAGUGGAUUCAGUAUUAAUUUAACGGAAACAUCUUUCGAAUAUUGCAAGUUUCGAACGUAUUGUCUACAAGUUUGCUCAUUGACGUCGUUUACAUGUAUGUGUUUCGCGACGAUUGAACAGUUUUUGGCCACGUCACUUCGACCCAACUGGCAAAAAUACUUGACAAUCAACAGAGCGUAUCUACUGUGCAUAAUGUCCUUGAUUAUUUGGCUUUUACAUGGCAUUCCCACAUUGAUCUGGUUUAGUCCUGUGUUGUCCAAUCGAACAGGCGCGAUUUCAUGUGCCGCAACUAAUCCAACCUAUCUGCAAUACAUGAAUUAUGUUUAUACAUUGGUACUUAUCGGACUUCUACCACUUGCAAUCACUGUCGUAUUUGGUUCGUUAGCUUAUUGGAAUGUUCGACAGAUACCAUACCGAACAAUUCCAUUAGUUCGAAGGGAGCUUGAUAAACAAUUGACAUCGAUGGUACUUGUUCAAGUUGUCCACAACGUCUUGGUUAUUGUGCCAUAUGUUUCAACAUUAUUAGUCUCAACUAUACAAUAUGUCACGAUCAAAUCGCCGAAUUUCGCCGAUGUAGUGCUUAGCAAUGCAACAGCGGGUUACAUUUACUAUCUUUAUUAUGCAAGCCCGUUCUAUAUCUAUGUUUGUGUGUCAAAACGUUUUCGCCAACAGUUUCUGCAUGUUAUUUUAAGAUUCGUCAGGAAACAAACUCAACAACCCGCACCAAUUGGUCUCAAUCAAAUUAAACCACAGAAUUUGGCGGAAAGUGGCUAG